GUGGUUGACUGUUCAAGUCAAUAUGCCGACUUUGGAUGCUCCAGAAGAGAGGCUGAGAAAAUUUAAGUACCGAGGCAAAGACGCAUCUAUGAGGCGGCAACAGCGGAUGGCAGUCAGCCUGGAGCUCCGGAAGGCCAAGAAAGAUGAGCAGGCCUUAAAGAGGAGAAAUAUCACCAAUGUCUCCUCUGACCCAGCUUCUGAACAACUAACCAAAGGAGUCAGCCUCAACCUGCAAGAAAUAAUCAAUGGUGUGAAUGCCUCAGAUCCAGACCUAUGUUUCCAGGCCACCCAGGCAGCCAGGAAAAUGCUGUCCCGUGAAAGGAACCCUCCUCUAAAACUGAUUGUUGAAGCCGGGCUCAUUCCCAGGCUGGUGGAGUUCCUGAAGUCAUCACUUCACCCCUGCUUGCAGUUCGAGGCAGCCUGGGCUCUGACCAACAUUGCUUCUGGGACUUCAGAGCAGACUCAGGCGGUUGUGGAAAGUGGGGCCAUCCAACCUUUGGUUGAGCUCCUGUCUUCCCCCCACAUGACUGUGUGUGAACAGGCAGUGUGGGCCCUUGGUAAUAUAGCAGGUGAUGGCCCAGAAUUCAGAGACCUGGUUAUCUCGAGCAAUGCCAUUCCACAUCUUCUGGCCCUGGUUUCAUCAACCAUACCUAUCACGUUUCUGCGGAACAUCACAUGGACUUUGUCCAACCUUUGCCGAAACAAGAGCCCUUACCCCUGCAAGAAAGCAGUGAAGCAAAUGUUGCCCGUGCUCUUCCACCUCCUGCAGCAUGAAGAUGACGAGGUUCUCUCGGACACCUGUUGGGCCCUGUCCUACCUCAGUGAUGGCUGUAAUGAGCGCAUCGGCCAAGUGGUAGACACAGGCGUCCUACCCAGGCUGGUCCAGCUCAUGACCAGCUCGGAGCUCAAUAUCUUGACCCCCUCUCUCCGCACCGUGGGGAACAUCGUCACAGGAACGGAUCACCAGACCCAGGUGGCCAUUGACGCGGGCAUCCUGAACGUGCUGCCCCAGCUCCUGAUGCAUCCCAAGUCCUCCAUCCAGAAGGAGGCGGCUUGGGCCUUGAGCAACGUGGCCGCAGGGCCCUGCCAGCACAUCCAGCAGCUGAUUGCUUGUGGCACGCUGCCUCCCUUGGUGGCUCUGCUAAAAAACGGAGAAUUUAAAGUCCAGAAAGAGGCUGUUUGGACCGUGGCAAACUUCACAACUGGAGGCACCAUAGACCAGUUGAUCCAGCUUGUCCACUCUGGAGUCUUGGAGCCACUGGUGAAUCUGCUUACCAUCCAAGACCCCAAAAUUGUUACCAUCAUCCUUGAUGUUAUCUCUCUUAUCCUCAAGGCAGCAGAGAAGCUUUCAGAGAAGGAAAACAUGUGUCUCCUGAUAGAAGAAAUCGGUGGUGUUGAUAAAAUUGAGGCCUUGCAACUUCAUGAGAACCCUCAGGUUGCCCUGACUGCUUUGAACAUUAUCGAGAACCAUUUUUGUGAGGGAGAAGAAAAUGGCACAGUAUUACCAGCCCUGGACCAAGAUUGUGAAUUCUUAAACCACUUAACAAAAAAUUACCAAGGCCCCACGACUUCUAAACCAAGGACCACACCCUAAUGGGUAACUUCUUUAAGAAUCUUCUAGAUCUUGGCAUGCCGCAGGUGUAAAGCUUUUUAAACUGAAUGUUAAUAAAAGUUUCGACACAUUCACCUCCAUCUAUCAAAAACGCCGUUGAAACAAUUGCA